CUUGGUUGUAGGGGUAUGGAUAAUAGAAAUAUUUGUAACGAAUUGGCUAUAGGACACCAUGAACUGAUAAAUGAUUGUUUCUCUGUCCAUCAGGCUCAGAACCGUGCUGCUUACUACUCUGCCAACCAGCUGGCCCAACUCCGCCCCAGCCCCCGCUGGGCAACUCAAGGAGUACGUCCUCAGCACUUCCAAAAUAUGCCCAAUGCUAUGCGGCCCUCAGCUCCCAGGCCCCAAACCUUCAACACCAUCCGUCCCACCACCACACCCAACACACAGGUUCCGCGCAUGAUGGCUUCCCAGCGUAUGCCCACACAGGCCCUCAGCCAACGCCCUGCCGGAUCUUCAGCAACUGCUGCCCCAGUGCGCGCCAUGCCCCAGUACAAAUAUGCUGCUGGUGUGCGAAACCCCCAGCAGCACAUGGCCUCCCAGCCACAGGUCCCCAUUCAGCAGCCUGCUGUCCAUGUCCAAGGACAGGAGCCACUGACGGCCUCCAUGCUGGCCGCGGCACCUCCUCAGGAACAGAAGCAAAUGCUGGGUGAGCGUCUGUUCCCCCUGAUCCAGAACAUGCACCCCAGUUUGGCUGGCAAGAUCACCGGUAUGCUGCUGGAGAUCGACAACUCUGAACUUCUCCACAUGCUGGAGUCACCUGAGUCGCUGCGCUCAAAGGUGGAUGAGGCUGUUGCUGUGCUGCAGGCCCACCAGGCCAAGGAAGCUGCUCAGAAGUCAACCAGCCCCGCUGGUGUCCCCAGUGUCUAAGAUUGAAACCUGCUUCACCGAUGGAAAAAGAGAAAAAAAUAUUAAACAUUGAAAAACCUAAAACUCUGAAAACAUCGCAAAAUGAUAAAUUAUUUCUUAAAAAAAUGAAGAAAACAAUUAAUCUGCCAGGUCUAUAGAUGGUUCGACUAGACCUUGAUAAUAAACAAAAAUGUGUUGAAAAAAAUAGCAAAAUAGAAAACAAAUUGAGAUUAUACGUUCUGAAUGCAUUCCUCUGUUUUAUGUCAUGUUAUUGUGUCAGUGCUCAGAAUAUCAGCCAUGUUCAGGUGAUAGCUGAGCACCAUGAAGGGUGAUUUGUAUUGUAAACUACUGGCUGUAAUAAAUUCUCAUUCAAAAUGCA